AUGAAGGUUGCUAUUUUCUUCGCCCUUAUCGCUCUUUGUGCUGGUUCCACUCUCACCAGAAGUGGUUCCUUUGGAAACAUUGAAAACUUGGUGAAAGAAAAUAACUACGCCUACGAACGCUUCGAAGUUCAAACCGAAGACGGUUACAUAAUGGAACUCUACCGCGUGUUCGAUGUCCAAAACCGCAAACAACAAUCCGACAAAGAAGCCGUCCUUCUAUUCCACGGGUACCUCUACAACUGCGAGGAAUUCGCCAUGGGUGGUGAUGCCGAAUCCUUGGCCUUCUACCUCGUCCAACAAGGCUACGAAGUUUACCUGGCCAACGCCAGAGGCACCACCUACGGUAUGAGACACAUCCACUUGAACCCCAAGACCGACGCCGCUUUCUGGAGAUUCAGCUUCCACGAUAUCGGCACCAAGGACUUACCAGCCAUCGUGGACAAAGUUUUGGAAGUGUCCAAACGCUCCAAAAUCCACUUCGUAGCUCACAUGGAAGGCACAUCCGCCUCCUACGUCUUCCUCUCCGAAAAACCCGAAUACAACCAAAAAAUCGAACGUCUCGUCUCCUUGGGACCAAUGGCCUACAUGGUCAACUCCGAACAAGAAAUCAUCAACUUGGCCUUGAGAAACAACAAAGCUUGGUACCACAAGAACUUGGGUAUCAGCACCUUCACUCCCAGCGAAGAAAUCAUCAACGAAGUGAGAACUAAAUGCAUCAACGAAAAAUACGAACAACGUGUUUGCGAAAACGUUUACUUCCUUUACAACGGCUUCAACUCCGUCGACUAUAACACCACCACCAUUGAACGCGUUCUCUCCAAGGUUCCAUCUACCGGAUCCGUCAGAGACUUGCUCCACUUUGUUCAACUGAAAAAGUCCGGUCGUUUUGAGAGAUACGACGAAAACUUCGUUUCCAAACAACAAGGAGCAUCUGGAGUCCAAGAGUACGACUUGUCCAAGAUCACCGUACCAGUGGGUGUGAUCUACACUCCACGUGACAAGUUUGCCCACGCCGACGAUGUCAAAUUUUUGAUCAGCAAGUUGCCCAAAGUGUUUGCCCAGCGUUUGUUCGACGACAUGUACAACAACAUGGACUUGAUCUUCAACAAGAAUGCCGAAAAGGUCAACGAAGUUGUUAUGCACUUCAUCAAGGGAAACAGUGUUUACUAG